AGGACAGAAAUAAAGAACUCUGAUUGAUUGAUUCUCUUAUGCGUUGUGUAUUAUGCGUUAUGUAGAAGUCUGUGCUCUGGCCCUAAGAGGUCUCCAUAAUCUAGCUUUUGGCGAAUUUGCAUCGUACUUUGUAUCGUCUAACGAUUUUUAUUGUUCUUAUUGUUAUUUAAGUGAAGCAACUGGGAACCUCUCAAUCAAAGACGUUUGUGGCGUUUCGCGAGAGAUCGAACGACUGUUUACUGUGAUAGUAGGACAGCACGAUUAUAUAUCAAUUGGUCGCUCAUGCGGAUUAUGUGUGACAAACGGGAGAGUGGGAAAAAAAGAAGCACGAGGUGAAUGCAUUUUAUGCUUCUUUCGAUAUUUCAGGAAAAUAAAGUAGAAUUUGUUGCACGAGAGGAAUCUCGCGUAUACUCGACUCGUGCAUUUAUUUGCCACAAUGUUGCCACUACACGAGCGACGAUUCGCAUGAAUGAAGACGUGAAUUUCAAUGUAUGCGAUUGCUCUGCAGAUGUUUAUAGGUGGGAGAAGCGUCUAGAGCACGUUGUUCUUUGUACAGACACUGUACAAAGUAGUGUUACUGAUUUGCACCUAUGCAAUGGGACAUUGUUAUGAAGGAUGAAAUUAUUGUAAACUACCUGCAGCAGUGUUGUUCUCUGCUAAUCAGCAACGCUUACGCUCUCAUCUAUUAUCUGAUUUAGAUUCGAGUUGAGUGAUGCUCUUAUCUGGCGGCUUAUCUAAAAUUCAAUAAGAAUCCAAGAUAAAUAAUAUUCUGUUUCGUUGCUAUCACCAAGCACAGUAAAAACGUUUAUUCGUAUUUCGAUUGCUCCAGGAAUUUGCUUGAGAGAAACUGAAAUAAAGAACAGUGAGAAACUCUUUUGUUCAUCUUAUCUAUUUGUCGAAGCAAGGGUGAAAUCGCAUGCAUUGCAUUAUUAUGGACAAUUACUCGACACAGAACUUUGACUCCUGCAUGGUUGCUGCAGCAAAUCAGCAACAUGACAUUUCCCAAUCUGUGAACAGUCAGUCACAAGCUGAACAAGCACAGACUCAAGGGAACCAUGAUGAGCAACAACAACAGCAACAGCAGCAGCAACAACAGACAAAACAAACGCAUCAGGAUCAAUCGAACACUCAACAAAACAUAACUCUUACUCCCGUUAGAUUACCUGCUAUAUUGGAUGGAGAACACUUUACAGUGACUAAGGUAGAAAACAGUAAUGUCACAGUUCGUUGUUCAUAUUGUCACAGAUGUUUGAAUGGAAACCUGAAGUCCACUGGGAAUUUUCUUAGUCAUAUAAAGCGUGUGCAUCCAUUACUAGUUGAUAAAAUUAAAGGUAAAUCUAGUCAGAGGAGGCCUGCUGUAGUCUAUGUCGACUCAGCAUUAAACGACAAAUGUUCUGACAAUACACGAGUAAAGCGCAAUAAAUAUAAAACUGAUGAAUUUGUGAUUAACAAGGAGGAGUCUUACGAUCAACCUUCAGAUUGGAAUGACUCGUUUACUCGUCGGCAUACUGUUGAAGAGCAAGAGCCAGUUACAGAUCAGAUGCGUGUCACCACUCACAAUUCAUUCGUAAUGGAGGACGAAUACGACGCGAUCGGCCGAAACGUAGCUGCAAAGCUCAGGAACAUGCGUAUGGAUCAAAGAAUAAUAGCAGAGAAGUUGCUGAAUGACAUUUUAUUUGAAGCCCAACUUGGCAACCUUAGCAGAGAGUCGAACAUUCACGUAUGAAGAAUAAGAUGAAGAUAUCUCGUACAAAUGGCUAUGCUUUGUUUUGUGCAAUUUGAGUUUUUAAUAAAAUACAACAUAUAUGAUAUAUUUAUAUUU